UUUUACGGUAAAUUAAAGUAAGCUAAACAUCAAGCAACUGUGUUAAUUAGUAUCCUUGAAAUGCUUGAUUAACCAAAACAAGUAAUCAUUUUUAUAACAUUAACACAAUUGAGGUCACAACCUAUCAUUUACAACAAUUAAUAAAAAUAUUACUGACAAGUGAUGUAUGCAUAUAUUGUUCAUUAUUAUAUGUGCUAUAUGUUCAUUGAUUUUGAUUAUAAUUCUAGUUGGUUCAGAAAGGGAAACAAAUAACAAAAUUAUGAAAAUGGAAUUUAUUAACUUGCGUUAUUAUCGUUUUCGAUAUAUGUGGACAAUCUUAUUGGCUAUCGCAUGCCUGGAAUUUAUGUACUUUCUCGGCAGUCAUUUCUUAUGCAGUAAUUUGAACACUCAGGUUAAUAAAAAAAUCAGCCUUGCUCAAAAGUACAGUGAUGAAAAUCAAGAGACGAACAGACAGAUCAGCAUCAAAAAGAUCAUUAUUAUGGCAGCGUACAGAAGUGGAUCAACAUUUUUUGGUGAACUUUUUCGACAGAACAGUGACAUCUAUUACACAUAUGAACCACUAAAAUUCUUUUCCAAAGAAACGGAAUAUUCAACAGAUAAAAAGAAUGGUUCGAGAAUCGUAAGAAAAGUUUUGAAUUGUGACUGGAGUACAUUGUUGGUUUUGUAUUACCGUGGUUACAACUGGGCAAUCAAAUAUCCUGACAGAACAUUUGAUGAUAUAUUUGAAAUGUGUCAUAAGCGGGAAUUCUCCGCAACUAAGAUUAUUCGUCAAGAUAAUUUAGAAAGACUGGCAUCCAUCUUUGGUAAUGAAACUGCAAUUUUGUUAUUAAUUCGAGAUCCUAGAGGUAUACUAAACUCCAGAGCCCAUCUGAGUGUCCGCAAAGAGCAUCCACUUAACCAAUCAGAUCAUCAGUACAGGCUUGAAGCUCUAACUCUCACGUGCAGGAAUUUUGUGACAAAUAUGAGAUACAUUCAGAACCUGGGUACCACGCAGAAGAAAAACAUGCCAUUUAUAAAACUCGUAAAAUAUGAAGAUGUUGCUUGCAACACCAUACAAGAGGCCAAGAAACUAUACAAAUAUCUUGGUUUACAAUUCCCUGAAAAUAUUGCCCAAUGGAUUAAGAAUAAUACAAAUAAUACAAAGGAUUCUAUUUAUAGGGCGUUUAAAAGUCAGUUUUUAACACAGCGUAACUCCAAGGCUAUGACAACUAAAUGGUUAAAGCAGCUCAAACCGUCAUCUAUUUUUGAAGUUCAAAACAUUUCAGAGUGUGCCGAAGUUAUACGUAUGGCUGGAUACAAAUUUGUAGUUUGAAUCAGGAAUGCUUGAAUUGUUUGUUUAAAAUAUUUUUUCACGCUUUGUUUAGUUUCAAUUUUAGAAGGUAUACUAAAUCAAUAUUUGAGCCUCGCCAUAGGAAAACCGGUCUUAUCACAGAACCAAACAAGACACACAGUGAUAAAUAUCGCACUUUGAAGAGCAAACUGGCCACCAUGCAAUUUACCCAGCAUGGCCAAAACCUAAUCAGACCUUGGCACUAGUCUGCUCUUGCAUCUGUAAACAUUUCAAGUUGACAAGGUUAGCGGUUUUCCUGCAAUUUUGAUGACAAGAAUU